AUGACGGGUCGAACUUUUCCGGUGUCUUGGUGGGAGCUGCAUCGCGAUGCCAAGGCACUGGCCUGGCGGUUGAUGGACAAGUCCGACCGGACCGGUCCCUUCAAGGGGGUGGUCGCGGUGGCCCGCGGGGGGAUGGUGCCGGCGACGAUCGUCGCACGCGAACUGGAACUGCGCCUGGUCGAUACGCUGUGCAUUGCGUCCUACGACGAUCGUGAGAAAGGCGAGGUCCAGGUCCUGAAGUCGAUCGAGGGCGACGGCACGGGGUGGGUCAUCGUCGACGAUCUGGUGGACACCGGAGCCACGGCCCGCGCGGUGCGUGAGCUGCUGCCCAAGGCCCACUUCGCCACGGUCUACGCCAAACCCGAGGGGCGCCCAACGGUCGACACCUUUGUCACCGAGGUCAGUCAGGACACCUGGAUUCUCUUUCCCUGGGACAGCGAGAUGCAAGAAGUUCCCCCGAUCGCCCGAAGCCGUUAG